AUGAAUGCCGAGCAAACCCUCGAAGUAUGAUUAAUAUUAGUAUCCACAAUAAACUGAUCUAUGAUCUACGAUUCUGUUUCAGGCCAUUCUCUCGCUGAUUACAAUUGUUUUCCAAGAUCUCCAGUCGAGAUAUUCCAGUCACGAUAUCGAGGCCACCUUUAGAUACCGGAAUUAUGAUGGUAGGUUACCAUAAUUUCACUAACCCUACUGAUAAAAAAAAAUUAUAGCGGUAGAGGGAGGCCGUGUCUUUUACGAGAAACCGGCUCGGCUUACUUUUAAUGAGGAUGAAAUUGAAACCAUUUGGAAGGACAGAGAGUAAGUUGUUCAAGUUGUACUACCGGCAUACUUGCAGAAUCAUGUUCCGAACCACCAAUACCAAGGAUUUGCAGAGCCAUGGCUAUUUUUUUAGUCAUCUUGGAAAACGCGAGAUCUUCAAAGGUAAAUCCUUAUCAAACAUCUCGUUAUUUUCAGUCGACAAAGAGUUCUAUACGGUAACUUUGGAAGGAAAACGACUGGUCGAUAUGGCUGUUAUAGACGAAGCUACUGUCGAAAAUGAUUACCCAUUCGUAACAGAUGGAAUUCAAAUUAUUAUGCAGGUAUUCCCAGAAUCGCAAAAAAUAGGAUUCCGUGUUUUUUAGGCUUCAAACACCACCAUCAGGAGUCCGGUAAAUGCAAAUAUGCAAAGAAAAAUUUGUCCAAAGCUUGAAGGUAAACUUUUGGGAUUUGAUGAGAAGACGUCUUCGGUGAUUCUGAACAAUGAAAACAAGGUUCAAAUGGCAGGGAUCUAUGACAGGUGCACCUUGAGAGAGCUGGACGCUGAUAUCAACAAAAUUGAAAUGUAUGUCAGCAAUGGGGACGAGCUGGAUUUGGAAUCUCAGUGGUAUCUUUUGGCAAGUUCUUUUUGAUGAUUAUUACUUAUUUUCAAGGCAAAUUUUAUCAAACCAAGUAGCCACUUUACAUUGUUUUAGUCCCAUUUCGCCCUCCUAGACAAAGAAAUCGCUCAGAAAUUUUCAUCCAUCGAUGGAUCCAUGAUCCAAUUCAAGGCCAUUCCCAGACAUAUGGACACUAAAUUAUGUCAUGAUCUGACCAAGUAUCAGCAGAUGAUCAUCCUGUACCUGAUCAUUGUCCAGAUUGUAAUGCAUGUCUGCUUCGUUUCCAUGGUCGUGUUUGUGUUCGUCGUUCUUUUAUACAAUUUCUGGAUCUACAAGUUGCUCAAAAAGAUGUCUAUUUUUGCCAAGAAAAGAGAAGCCCAAGCCAAGGAUACAGCGGCCAGAAAAGAAAUGGAAAAUGAAAGUGGUUGCGAAUAA